AUGUACCACGGGAAUACUGCGUCUCCAUACUCACCAGCUCUGUUCCGCCUCCCAAUCGAGCUCCGACGCACGAUAUACAGUCUCGUCCUCCCCCACACGACAACCUUCGAUGUGCGUUUGCAGCGCUCCAUUGACCCACCCCCAAAGUCCGAGUACAAUCUGACGUUCGUCCGGCAGAAUGGCGAUGGGUGCUGGCGCAUGCAACGGACACUGCCGCGGACGGACCGUGAAACGGGCAACGACAUUGUCUGGCGGCGCGGAUGCACUGCCCUGCUAGCCGUGUCGCGACAGGUGCACGAAGAGGCAGCAGACAUGCUCUAUGGCGAAAAUACGUUCGUGAUAGAUGUGACUUUUAGUGCAAUCAACUUUCGGUACCGCUGGCGGACUGCGAAUAACCUGACGCCGAACCAAACAUAUCAAUUCCUAGAUCAUUUCUCGCAGCGGAACCUCCUGCGCAUCAGGAACUACAUUGUGAAUGUCGAGUCGGUCGAUGACUAUACGGGCAUGAUUAAGUACAAUUAUGGUGGGCGCGGAUUGUCGGCUGGUAUACAUAGCAAAGUACGGGAGCUUGUGGAUCUGCUGGUUGCUGUUCCGCAGCUGCACCGGCUGCAGGUGCACUUGAUCGAUGGUGCCAUCAGUCGCGUCAAGUUUCCAAGCGGCAGGGUGCAUCGGGUCCAAGAUGAGAGCAACAUUUCCCAAACGCAAUUGGUACUAAAUCCGUUCAGAGCGCUGCACGGGGUUCGUAUGGCUGUGGUCAGUGGUGUCAAUGACGAAUACAAGGAGGAACUAGAAAAAAGCAUGACAAAAGAAAGACUACAGUCAGUGUAG